UCUCGAAGACUUUAAAAACUGUCUGCCCAAGAACGUCGCCACAUACGUUAGCGAGCAUAAAAACAUCAAGCCUUCCAGCGCAGCAGUGCUGGCUGAUGACUAUGUACUCUCACAUAAGAGCGUUAAUGUCUGCUCUUUGAAAUGUCAGCACCGUAGUGGUAGUCCUCCAUGGGCCUUAAAGACCCGUAAUGAACCUAUGCCUGAGUCUUCUUACACGGAGACGCGACGAACGACCCGGCCGAGAGAUACUGUACCGUUUUGCGCAUACUGCAAAAACCGGGGACACAUUAUUUCCGAAUGUUUCGCUCUGAAGCGUCGAAACAGCCCCAACUCUACUUCCCCUCCCCGCAAUGAGUCCAAUUUGUGUGUCUCUACACUCCCUCCGACGUCGUGGAAAGACGAGAGUGAUUGUCAGGAUUUUUCUCCGUUUGUCACGGACGGUUUCGUUACUUUACUGGGGAAUCCUAGUGAGCGCAUCCCGAUAAGGAUCCUACGUGACACUGGUGCGUCGCAAAGCUUUGUGUUGGAGAAUGUCCUUCCUUUUGAUAAGGACUCAUGCACUGGAACAAGUGUAAUUGUCCAGGGUUUCGAAAUGGGCGCUGUGAGCGUCCCUCUGCACCAUAUUUCGCUUUUUUCUAAAUUAGUCACUGGCAACGUUACAGUGGGCAUACGCCCUUCACUCCCUGUAAAGGGUAUCUCGAUGUUACUGGGAAACGAUUUGGCUGGUGGUAAGGUUCUGCCUAGCCCUGUGGUGACUCACAUUUCUCCUACCUCUUUAGGUCCUGAUAAUUUAAACGUUGCAUACCCCGACGUGUUUCACUCUUGCGUGGUUACUCGCGCUAGGGCGCGACGCGCUAAAGAGUUCUCCGGCAAGGAGGACGAUGAUGGGCUAAUAGAUCUCUGGGAUACUUUUAUUGCUCAACCUUCGCCAAUCUGUUCUGGCGGUGGAAAACUUCAAGGGUCUCCAUCACAGUCUGUUCGGCCUUGCCUUCCAAAGUUGACCCCCAGCCGGGAACAACUUGUUAAUGAGCAAAAUAAUGAUUCUUCUCUUGGUCCUUUAUUUAGGGAAGCUGUGCCUGAAAAGGAUAUCGGGCUUAUGUCUUGUGGCUAUUUUAUUCGUGAGGGGGUGCUGAUGCGUAAGUGGAGGCCGCUCACGGCGGCUGCGUCCGACGAGUGGCGUAUUUUGUAUCAGGUUGUUGUCCCUGCGCCGUACCGAAAUGAGAUCUUGAGCUUGGCUCACGAUCAUCAUUUUUCUGGUCAUCUAGGAGUUAACAAAACAACUGACCGUACUUUACGUCAUUUUUUCUGGCCUGGUCUUAAGCGAGAUGUAGCUAAGUACUGCAAAACCUGUCAUGUGUGCCAGGUGGCUGGUAAACCUAAUCAGCUGAUUCCUCCCGCUCCACUUCAGCCCAUCCCUGCUAUGUCUGAGCCUUUCGAGCACGUAAUCCUCGACUGCGUCGGACCGUUGCCAAGGACCAAGGCAGACUCUAUAAGGUGGAGUGGGCGUGGUCUCGGUCCGUACUGAUUGCUGGGCGGGACUUCUCCCUUUAUUAAGACGGCCUUCCCCAAGAUGGCGGUGUGUGUUAUCAAGAGCAGGAGGAUACGACUGUUUCCCGAGGAUCCCGACCUGUCUGAGCGUUCCCUGGUUUUUUCCCAACACUGGACUAAAACAGAGACUUUGCCUUUUGAAGACCCUUACGCGUCCUACGCGCUUGUUCACUUUUUUGCCUUGUCUUAGUUGUUUAUGGGUGGUUGUUGUUUAUGCUUCCUGCACUUUUUUUAGCCUAGUGGUAGACAGUGCAGGCAAGGAAGUUGCCCGGAAGACUCACCUUCUUUUUUCUUUUAUCGCGAGUGAGGUAAGCUGCAGCGACUAUUUAUUAUUUGUGAGGCUUCUUGGAGGUUCUUUUUGUUUUCUCUUCUGUUUUGACGACAACCACCAUUGCAUUUGUAAAUAAACCAGUUAUAUAUUUACCCGCAA